AAGAUACUACAGUUCAUUGAGUUAACAAUAACAGACUGCUGGACUAAAUUUUCAGAUGUGUUUUUAGAACAGGAUCUCUGUCUUACUCUUUUGCACACUUCAAACGGACUGCUGAGGUACAGGACAAAAGACACGUUCUGAUAAAUGCUGUGUCAGUCUUGUUUACGCUACUUUUGCUUGUGCAACAAAAGCUUCAGUUUUUUUAUUUAAAUCACUACAAACCUGAAGAUCAUGCUGAAUUUAAAAAUUAUAAGUUCAAUGGAAUCUGCCUUCUUUCUCUUGGUGCUGUCCUGCUCUGUACUUCUCAAUCUUAUGGAUGGAUAUUCACUGAAGGACUGCACGGUCAAAGGCUCUUUAAACUCCACAUCUAUGAAAGUGCUCUGCUACAAAAGGCAGCUACGUGCUGUACCUGAAAGCAUACCAUGCAAAGCGAGGGUGCUGGACAUUUCCUACAAUAAAAUAUCAGUGAUAAAGAGGAACGAUUUGGGAGACUUAACCAAUCUUCACAACUUAAAUGUCAGUAACAACAUGAUCGAAGAUGUGGAGGACGGGGCUUUCAGAGGUUUAGCUGCCUUACAGGAACUGAAUCUUGCCUACAACAGACUCACAACCAUCUCAGGAGGAUUCUUCCAGGAUCUGUUUAAUCUCACUGAGCUUCGACUGAAUGAAAAUCACAUUUCAGAUAUCAGUUCAUCUGCUUUUGUUCCUCUAAUCCGCCUGGUAAUGUUGAAUUUGUCAGGAAAUCAUCUACAAUACAUACACAAAGCACAACCUGUUUUUCAGAUGCCCCGUAUUCAGGAGCUGCAUAUUGGGAAAAAUGGAUUUUCCUCCUUUGAAACAUGCCAGGCUUCAAAUGCGUCCUUGCGACUGCAAGUCCUAGAUCUCUCCCACAAUCCUUUGCAGUCAUUCAGGAUCACAGCCGAUAUUUUUCCUCACCUGGAAACAUUAGACCUGGCAUUCAAUAAAGUCAGUGUGAAGUGGGACGUGCAGGACAAAAACUACUUCAGAAAUGUUGACAGACUCAACUUGAGUGGAAUACAAACAGGGUUAAGGGAGAUGAAGAUAAUGCUGCAAACCUUUAACUUGACGCUAUCUAAUCUCAGACUGUACUACUUGGGAGAGCAGAAAGCAAAAUCACUUGCUAAGGAAGCUUGCCUGAUUAACUCACUGACGACCCUACGUUUGGAAUCAAACAACAUCAACUCCAUAUCUGAAAACGAACUGAGAAACUGCUCAAAUUUGAGAGUGCUGGACUUGGCUGAAAACGAUCUCACUGAAAUAACAGCACUAGCAUUUAAAUCAAUGACUAAACUUAAUACUCUGAGUCUUUCCCAUAAUAAGUUGAGUAAUGUUCCCAUUGCCAUUAGAAACCUUUCCAGCUUGGAGGUCCUAGAUCUCAGCUACAAUUCCAUAACUACUCUAACCUGCUCAGAUUUUACCAAUCUAACACGAUUAAUGAUGGUUCAUAUUUACAGGAAUCAUUUGUCCUCUGUGGAACAUUGUGCUUUUCAAGACCUUCAUAAUUUGAAGGCACUCAUUAUGGGAUCGGGUAGACUGUUUACACUGAAAGGAUAUUUCAGUAAUGGACUUAAAAAUUUGAAGUAUUUGGACUUGUCCAAUAGCAAACUAAAUACUAUUCACAAAGGUGUGUUUGAGUAUUUAAGGAAUCUCACAUAUUUGCGCUUACAAGACAAUCAAAUAAAAUUCAUAGAAGUAGGUGCAUUUGAGGGAUUACAGAAUUUGAUUUUGUUGGAUGUCCAAUCAAACAAGAUCACGCAGACUUCAAUAAGUGCUUCUGUUUUUUCAGGACUCACAAAUCUUAAGCAACUGAUUUUAAAUAAUAAUUUCAUAUGGUACUCAAGCCAGGACAGCCUCAGUGAGCCACCCUUUAAAAAUCUGAAGUCUUUACAUGUUCUUAACAUUUUCAGCCAGGGCAAAGAUGGAAUGAAGAACAUUCCCUCAAAUUUUUUGGAAGGAUUGACAUCUUUAAAAAUAUUCUGGGCAGGAAAUCUCAAUUUAAACUCUCUGCAUCCUGACACCUUUACUUACACCCCUGACCUGUGGAUAUUGGACCUCAGCAAAAAUUAUUUAACAACAAUCUCCCCUGACAUAUUCAUGCCACUUAAAAAACUCAGCAGUCUCACCAUGAUUCAGUCAGGGAUUCAAUCACUGGAUUUCCUUAUUGAAGCAAAUCUCAAUGAAAUACAAGUUUUAUUGAUCAGAAAAAAUUCAAUAGCGGUCAUCAAUGAGACUCUGAUUGAGACCCUUUCAGGGUUGUUCUUUCUGGAUCUCCAAGGAAAUGAAUUUUCAUGUGACUGUGAUAACGCCUGGUUCAUUGACUGGGCAGUCAGUAACAACAACACACAAGUUUUAAAAGUUGACGCGUUGAAGUGCAACUACCCACCAAAUUUUAGAGGAAAUCUGCUUAUAGAUCUUGACAAAGACUCAUGCGUUGUUGAUGUGGGACUGUUAUGUUUUGUCUGCACCACAUCUUUUGUUCUUCUGACCCUGCUCAGUUCUUUCCUCUACCAUUUCUUGAAGUGGCAGGUUGUCUACACCUACUAUCUGUUCCUGGCUUUUCUUUAUGACAAAAAACAGCAGAAAAAACAAACCAUCCAAAGCUUCCAGUAUGAUGCUUUCAUAUCCUAUAAUACCCACGAUGAACUGUGGGUUAUGAAGCAGCUGUUACCAAAACUGGAGGGAGAGCAGGGCUGGAGGUUGUGUUUGCACCACAGAGACUUCCAGCCAGGUAAACCCAUCAUGGAUAACAUUGUGGAUGGGAUCUAUAGCAGCCGGAAGACAAUCUGUGUGAUCAGUCGCCACUACCUGGAGAGUGAGUGGUGUUCUAGAGAAAUCCAGGUGGCCAGUUUCCGACUCUUUGACGAGAAGAAAGACGUUCUCAUCCUGGUGUUCCUGGAGGAAAUUCCACCCCAUCAGCUGUCUCCAUAUUACAGGAUGAGGAGCCUAAUCAAGAAGCGUACCUACCUUACCUGGCCUAAACCAGGAGAGGACAUUCAGGUCUUCUGGCAGAACCUGGAUGUUGCUCUGGAGGCCAAAGAGAAUUCUUAAGAAGAAAGCCCUAUUCUCGAUUAAGAAAGAUGUGAGAAUGCCAAUGUUCUAUAGAUCAGUUGAUUAAGCUUUGCCUGGAUUUUCCUGUUAUAAAUCAAAUGUAUGAAGACGUACACAGUCAAUGUCUGUGGGAAUUGUAAAACUAGUUAACAUGUUCAAGUACAUUUGAUUUUGUUACUAAUAACCUCAAAGCAUGAUUUAUGUUUGUAAAUAUAUUUUUUUUUCAAAAGCAAUACUUAUACUGCUGAUUUGUUUAUUGAUUGAAAGAAUAAACAUCCCAGACUUGA